UUACAUAAAAACAAAUAAAACUCCUAUGUCUCUUAGUCUCCCCCAUGCCUAAAGUUGGUCCUAAUUUUUCUCUUUUAUGUCCUCAUUUCUCUCUUCUUUCCUCACGAUAAAUGUGUUUUCUAUUUUUUGCUUGUCAAAAAUAUACCACAACUUCAACUAAUCAACAAAAGUACGUAGUUUUUUUUUACCAUGGUGUACCCUCAACUAAGUUUAUCCCAAAUCCAGAUACCACGAUCCCAGAAAUAUCUGGAUUUUAUCCCUAAUCUUCCAAAGUUCCCAUAUCAUUCAGAUCUCCGCAAAACUCUAAUCUCUGUUUUUCAAGAACCUUAACCCUUAUUCUUGAACUGGCCUUCAUACUUCUCCAAAAUUCCUUCUCAUAAUCCCAUAUAAAUCCCCAUUAUACUUAUUACGUUACUUGGAAGGCAAAAAAAAAAUGGCAGCAGUAAAAGGGGCAAGCGACAUUGAAACAGGGCAACUCUAUCCAAAUAUGGAGGAAAACCCACAAUUUCGAUGGGCUUUCAUUCGAAAAGUGUAUGUGAUCAUUGCCAUACAAAUGGUCCUUACUGCUGCCAUUGCCGCCGUCGUCAUUUUCGUUCGACCGAUCUCGCAUUAUUUGGUGUCCACUCCAUCGGGUCUCGGCAUAUACAUUGUCAUCCUCAUUUCACCCAUUAUAAUUAUGUGUCCGUUGUACGCGUAUGCGAAGCGCCAUCCUAUCAAUUUUGUACUUCUUGGAUUGUUUACUAUCGCAAUUGCUUUUGGUGUGGGAAUGACUUGUGCAUUUGUUAAAGGGAAAGUUGUACUGGAGGCUUUGAUUUUAACAUGUGUUGUGGUAGUGAGCCUUACCAUCUACACAUUCUUGGCAGCAAAAAGAGGGGUGGACUUUAGCUUCCUAGGCCCUUUCUUGUUCGCUGGCAUGAUGGUCUUGAUGGUUUUUAUGCUGAUCCAGAUCUUCAUUCCUCUUGGAAAAAUCUCUCUGAUGAUAUAUGGGUGCAUAGCGGCGAUAUUGUUCUCAGCGUACAUCGUGUAUGACACAUUCAACUUGAUUAAGAAUUACAGCUAUGAUGAGUACAUACCUGCUGCAAUUAACCUUUACCUAGACAUCAUCAACUUAUUCUUGGCGCUGCUUGCUCUUCUUGAGGGUGCAGACAACUAGAAUAUUAUAUUUUAAUAGGACAUUUUUCAGAUCGCAUUCUUAACUUAUAGGAUUUACAUAUAUUAAGCUCGAGCUAGUGUAAAUUGGGCACAAUUGGCAGAAAGAUGGUGUGAAAACAUAGUAUGGACAUGCUUAAUUCCUAAGUUAUAAAAAAAAAUUAUCCUUAUAUUAGGAUGUUGGCUACUGUACAGCAUAUUGUGAUUUCACAAUACAGUUUUUUGCCUUCUUUGAUUUGUAGUGACUGAAUUCGAAAUGCAUAUUCUGUUGUGUGUAA